AUGACGAUGGAAACGGUCCGCCAAAAAUGUCGGCCGAAGCAUCAGAUCCUGGUCCUGAAAUGCUAUCCGCAAUACCAAAAGGGGGUUCAGGAAGUCAAGCCGAACCCCAGCGAACUGUCCUAUCUCCUAUACUAUGUGAGCACGCGCCGCAGCAAACUGCCCAAGGUUAGCGCGUUCCUGGAGAAAAGAGCCGCCCGAGAUGUCUGGCGCCGCAAGAUAGGAAACGUCCAAGUCACGCUUCAGAUCCUCAGCGCGCUCAUCGAGAAAGUCCCUCGCGAUCUUCCAAUAUUUGCACGAUCAGUCCUCACCGUCAUCGAAACCGUGUUACGUUCGCGCGAUAUUUCCAUGGUCGAAGAUUCGAUUGCGACUUUUGAGACAUUCUGUCGCCACCAGGACAUGGCAGCCCUUUCCGCCGAACAGGACUUUGCGAAUCAGUACCAAGAGGUCGUCCGGAUAUAUGCGGGAUUUGCCCAUGGAGAUCAGGAAUUGCAGACGAAGAUUGCAUCUAGCCCUCCACAGGCGAUCCGCUGGAAGAACGCGGGGCUGCGAGCUAUAAAGGGCGUGGUGAGCUCUGAAGCUGGCUUGGCAGCAGAUGGCGGGGUUUCGCUAAGGAUAAUACUACCUGUUAUUCUGGAGAACUUGUAUAAUGGCGAUGACACGUUGAUUGCGUCUCUUGAGCAGAAACUCCAUGAAGCCGAGCGACACCAGGUAGAUCCAGGGGUGCGACGGAGGUACAGCGCCAUUACCGUGCAGACCGUCGAUACUGCAGAAGGAGACCCGGCGCUCGCGGCUCAAAACAUCGACGAUGUCGACAGGCAAGCCGAGUUGGAUAUGCGGCUUCUUGCUCUCCGAUGUCUCGAGCAGAUAAUCGUCAAUGGCAGCAGUCGAGGCCAAAUUCGUGUGACAACAAGAGUCGUGCUAGAAUUCAUUCUACGAAAGGGACAGUCAAACAACAAUCACCUGACGCUCGACACUGACGAGGAUAAUUGGGCCACAUCAAUGAUUGGACUCAUCGCCAAAUGGUGUCCCGUUCAAGCUCGCUUUCUCAUCUCAACUGCGGCUAUGGAAGUUUUGUUCGAUAUCAUCCCCACGGAAGGGUCUCUCGACAGCGCAUUCACGGUCAUCUAUAUGAUUGAUUGGUUGCUGAAAUCUCCGGUAAAUAUGAUCGGACUUAGUGUGAUCGACGUUCUGCUAGGUCUGAUGCGCUACAUGUCAAUUGUGGUCGCACCCAGAUCUGAGAGAACGACGGACGAGCCGUCCAGCGAGAAAGAAGACGCUCGCCAUGACGACCGGGGAGACCUUUCUUUGAAAAAGAAGGAGUUGCUUUCACUUCUUCAAAAGUGCAUCGGGGAUAUUACAACUCAUAUCUACUACGGCGACCAAGUCGUCGAUAUGAUCAGGGCAAUAUUGACUCGGAUCAUGCCAGCGAGUAAUCAGGAUUAUAACUCGUCCUCUGCGGCUCCAGAUCAGUUAGAUGGGAUUCCUCAGGACCUUCAUACAUCGUCAUAUACCCUGAUUAGUGUCAAAGUUUGCGCUCUCAAGGCUAUCAAAAAUAUUCUCCUGGUAGCUAACUCGCAGCGGCCCUCCGCAUCAGCCGGGGUCGAAUCCCGGAACCCGGUUGGGAUUCACGUUUGGGAGGGAACCCAUUAUUUGCUCCAAGACCCUGAGAAGGAGGUCAGAUACGCCUAUGUCGAUGCAAUCCUGUACUGGCUGAAGCUGGAGACGACAAAGAAUGAUCUUCGGAUUAAGGACCGGUCAACAAGAGCUGCUAUCGUAUCACCAAGACGCGAUCUUUCGGAUGCCUCUGAGAGAGCCUCGAAGCGAGCAACCGGUGCUCAUCAAAGAGAAAAGGCUGUCGUAGUCGCUCAGUCCAACUUCCUCCGCAUGCUCCACCUGACUAUUUACGAAAACGCCCUUCAACGCCCGGAGGAAGAAGUUGAGAUCCGCGUACUACAUCUUCUUCUUGCCGGUCUCGUGCAAAAUCUCGGCAUAAAUGCUGCUAGAUUUGGACUUCCAAUGAUUCUAAGGCUUCAAGACGAUAUCCUAGCUGCGGACAGCUUACGGUCGCCCGUAGCAAUGGUGAAUAUCGGGAGCUUGGUGUAUGGUUACCUCUGGGCCUUGCUCGAGACCUUUGACUUGGACACCUACAGAGUCGGAAAGGAAAUCUUUGCGGAGAUAGAGAAGCGGAAAAAUCGAGGUCUCUGGCUCGAUGGUAUUAGCUCUUCCCUGUCCAGUCUCGAUAGCAUCAUUCAGGACAGCGACCGACAUACAGUCGGACAUAACAUUAGGGACACUGAUAAGAUGAGUCCGUUCAAAAACGGUGUUGAGGAGCUUGUGCGCCGGAUUGAGGAGUCUUACAAUGAUGCCAUGACCACACAGAGCCCUCCAGGUUCUCCGGGGCGCAAUCUCGGAAAGCCAGUUAUCGGACAUGCGGCUUCCACGAGUCAACAACGAGGGGAUCUCCUCCCGUCGCUAGUCAGGGAGCAGAUGCUAUCCCCAUGGUCCAAGCAGAGCACACUGGAAGCCGCCGAGCGAGAGAAAUCGGCGGCUCGCUCUAUCAACGGCUCAAGGACAGGAUCAAUGCCGAUACGCGGCCAACCCUACAUCAACGGUACCAAUGGCAGCUCUGUUUCAACGCAUACACCGUCAACAGCUCAUGGCGCAACAGGAGGCAUCCGACGCAUGAGCAUGCCGGACAAGCCUGGGACUCCAAACCCCAGCUCAAGCCGAGACUCGCCAAUUCAUGUGAACGAGCUGAGACGUGUGUUGUCUGUGAAUACUCCAGACAGAGACCGACGAUUGAGCCCAUUGCGCGGUCGACUUGAUGCCUCGAAUCGCAGCAUCAUAUCUUCUAGCAGCGAAAGCAUGGUCAGUGGUUUCUCUACAUCCGAGUUUGAAGGGGAUGGAGGGUCAAUCAGACCUCAAUCUACCAGAGAAGGACAAGAGACGCUAAAUGACGAGGGGAUGGAGACACCUAGGGCUCUGAUGAGCAACGGAGGUCAAUCUCAAAGCAUGUCUCGAGCGUCCUCUUAUACGAUCCCUCCAGUUCCGCCGAUCCCGAGCGAUUUGUCUAUUCCGGGAGGGUUCCCCAAUGAUUCUCAGCGCUCCUUGCCCUCAUCGGACCGUCCCGUUUCACGGAAACAGAACGGCGUCAAUGGAAAGGUCGCUAGUCACCAUGGCGAGAUCAAGUCGUUGAAGAAACAAAAGUCUCGCACCAGUAACGGGCAGGCAAAUGGUGUUGAUGUGCCUGGCGUAGCCAUCAACGGCAAAUCAGCAGAACCCCAGCCAUACGGUCUGCACGAGGUGGAAGACACCCCUCAGCGACGUGACGUGCAGAAGCUACUGGACAGCUUUCUGACCACAUCUGAGACGGAUCCGAGUCGCCCGAGAGCCACCUCCAGCUAUGGCAGACGCACUGUGACGGGAGGCAUCGGACGUCCUCCGUACUAG